GUGACUAGCUCUCUUUGGAGGAUGGACACACGGAUAGACGGAUCAUGGAUGGAUGAGCAGUGUUGGAUGGCCUCAGCGGUGUUGGCCUCCGACUCACAUUCGGACUGAAAACGGACUGACUUGUCCUACAGGUCUAGCCCUAGACUGGAAGUGCUGCUGGUGCCGAGGAAGGAAGGGGCGGACUGGGAUUGGCCUUUGAAUUGGCCUGACAUUUGCCCCGUCCUGGACGGUCGUCCCGAAAAUUCUCCGGCUGGUUCCAUUGAUUUACAGGGUGCCCCCCACCUCUACGAACGAGGGGCUUGAAGGGUUGGGGCUGGCCUGUGUCUAGAUCGUUGGAUCCCGGUCCAUGGCCGGUUAGCUGGUCUAGGACCUGUUUCAGGUCGUGGUGUGUUUUUUUGUGGUUUCACUCCUGUCCCCUGGGCGCAUUGCCAUGAGUCGAUUGGAUAGUUUGGCCAGGGAGAUCAAGAUUAACGGGUUCGUGUUCAUUUUGCCCCACAAUCCUUGGGACCAAUUGAACCCAUCCGAGAGAUAAAUGGCAUUGCCCACUUGAAGGGUUAGUCUCCUACUGGCAUUGGCUCGGGCCCAACGGCAUGGGAAUGACCGCCUCCCGAACGAGCUCGCACUCGGAUUCGGUCGAGUAGUCGAACCGCAUUCCAUUGGUUUUGAUUAUUUCGGUCGCGCGACCGCGUCACAUUCAUCCUGAUUGCACCGGGCCCAUCCGCCCAUACCUCGGCCGCCAUGGUGGCGACGCCUGUGGUCACCGGAGAGUCUACUUCCGGCGACGAGGGCCCGGAUCCUUAUCCUAAAGCCUCUCUAUUGUGUCGACCCAACUCGCACCCCUUUGAGGAUCGUCUGCUCACCCUAGAUCAAGCCGUCAAAGUGGGCCGUUCGGUGGCUCGGGCUCGCCCCGCCUCCCAUAAUGCCAUAUUCGAUUGUAAGGUUCUGUCUCGCAAUCACGCCCUCAUCUGGUACGAGAAUGGCAAGUUCUUCCUCCAGGACACGAAGAGCAGUAACGGCACCUUCGUCAACAAUCAGCGACUUAGCAAAGGCUCGGAGGAGUCCUUACCCCGUGAAGUAUGUUCGGGUGACAUUCUUCAAUUUGGCGUGGAUGUCAUGGAGAACUCGCGGAAAGUGACGCAUGGGUGCAUCAUUGCCACGUUGAAACUCUACCUCCCGGAUGGAAAAGAAGCCAAGGCUAGUCCCACAAUAAUGAACGCGGAUUCGGGCACCAUUUUGCCCCCCGAAGAUCUCCAUCAACUCAACCAAUACAUCCAAGAAGCACUCACUCGUGAGCAGUUGUUAGAAACCAAAUUAGCCGUCCUUCAGCGCAUUGUCAACCAGACCGGCUUAGCCACGCAAGACGCCUGGAAGUCGCUCAUCGACGAGGACCGCUUACUGACUCGAGUGGAAAUCUUGGAAAGCCACCUGACCGUGUAUGAGAAGUCAAUGACUGAAGAUAAAGCUCGCGAAGAAGCGGCUCGUCUCAUUGCAGAGAAAGAGCAAUAUCAGGAGGUAGCUAAAACCAGCCUCAAGAACAUGAUGGAAGAGAAAGUGAAAGCCACCAAGGCCACACAUGAACUCCAAUCUCAACUUAGUGCGGUGGAAGAUGAGUUCGCCAUGUUUCGAGACCUCUAUCAAAGGACUAUGGACGAAAACAAAGAGCUGGCCAUUCUUUUAUCCGAGCUUAAGACCGAAUAUGAUGCCUUAAAGGCUGAAGUGCCCAAACCUCCCACAAUUGAGGCCCCAGAUACGGCCGCCAUCAAGUCAGAUAUGUCCGUUGAAGAACCGUCCGAAAAUGUGGCGGGGAAGGAUCCUGACCCAUUACUCUCGGACCCGCCCUCCCAAAAAUUCGAGAAAUUUGACCCGAAUACUACAAUCGAAAUCCAUUCUGAGCCCAAGGACUGUACUGAGAAUAAUGUUUCGGAUGACCAAGAACGGGAUUUGCGGCCGUUGUUGAAUGGUCGGCUCAAUAACGGUAGCACCGAAGACGAUUUGGUCGAAGAUUCGCUAUCCACUUGUACCUCUGUUGCCGAGGACAGUCUGUCUCGCAUCUCCGUUGACAAUGACCUAAGCGAGAUUGCCGCCAUCGAGCGUUGUGAUUCGGCUGUUCAGACCUCAAAUGAUGAUCAAUUACCUUCCUCGUCUUUCCCUCCAGUCAAUUUACGGGAAGCUUACCACGAAGACCUCUUGGAUUUGCAACGUGCACUCGAUGAGAAGAUCGAGGAAGUGAAUGAGUUGAGGCAAAGGCUUUCUGAGUCUUUGAGUGCUAGUGUGAGGUCGGAAGAUCCCUCGUCUCCUCAACUGAGUCAGCUUCUUAGAUAUAAGGAGAAGUACAUGGAGUUGUCAGAGGAAAGAAAGCAAAUGGAAGAUAACUUCGUGGCGUUAGAAAAAGCCGUAGAAGCCAUCUCUUUGCAGUCUCAGACGACUUCAGCGUGCUCCGUGAUACCUUUGGCCAUACUCUUUGUUUCCAUAAUCGUAGCAUAUUUACCAACCUUUGCUGCAAUAUUAGGCACGACUGAGAAAAUAAAUUGAAUACAAUACAAAACCAUAAAUCCAAAAGAGUGAACAAUUUUGUUUUGUGUAUAAAUGACAAGAAAAAUCCAGAAUUAAAUAAACAAUGGAAAUGAUGAAGGAAA